AUGAGUUUAAAUAUAAUGAAAUUUUUUGGCAAAAAACAAGAACAACAACAAAUAAAUGAAAUAUCGAUGCCCCAUAAUGUUAAAACGAAUGUUCAUGUUACAUAUGACGAAGCAACAAAAACAUUUCAGGGUCUACCUACCGAAUGGGAGAAACAGGUUCAAGGUUUAUUUGGUGAAUCAGAAAGUGAUAUGUCAUCUCAGGAACGUUUAGAUACUAUUCACAAAACUAAUGGUCCAGUUGACAAUAAUUCUUAUCCGUCAAAUAGACUUGGUGGAACGCAAAAUACUUUGAAGCAGAUUAUACAAGAACUUAAACGUGUACAAUCUAUUCGAAAGCAAAGUGUGCAUGAAACUGAUGAUUCACUAUCGGAACCACUAGUUAAUUUUUAUCAAAAUUCAAACUCACAAACUCCAGAUCGUGACACACUUGUGAAUGAGUAUCAUUCGUUUUCACCACUACAACUAAAUACGUAUGAUGAUUCCAAGCGAGGAGGAAAUAAUCUACCACCUCCCCUUCCACCACGUGAUCUGAAUGAUGGUCAUAUUCUUACUACGAUUACGAAAAUAAAUAAUAAAGCACCACGUUUACCACCAGAAUUACCACCAAAAACCUCAGCAAUAACGAACAAAUUCAAAAAGAAUACCACACCGUCACCAACACAACCCUUUCCUAUCAUUAACAAAGAAAAUACAGAACAAAAAAUGACGGAUAAUAAUAAUAAUAAUAAUAACGAUCAUGACACACCUCUUGUACAACGACAUAAAGCCAGACAUUCAAAAAAACGAAUGACUGAAGAAGAGGCUGUUAAGGAAUUGGAACUUGUUGCGGCCAAAGAUGAUCCAAAAACACGUUAUACCAUUAUACGUAAACUUGGAUCAGGUGCUGCUGGUGAUGUUGAUUUAGCUCUAGAUACAAAAACAAAUACAAAAAUUGCCAUUAAACGUAUGCUAUGGUCAAAACAACCGAGAAAAGAAUUGAUUGUUAGUGAAAUUAAUGUUAUGAGUCAAUAUCGAUUUCCUUCUAUUGUCAAUUUUCUUGACUGUUAUUUACGACCAAAUGAGUUAUGGAUUGUGAUGGAAUUUAUGCAAGGUGGUCAAUUGACACAAAUUGUUGAACAAACUAUUUUAGAUGAAGGACAAAUGGCAGCCAUUACGAAAGAAUGUCUAGGAGCAUUACGAUUUCUACAUUCAAAAAAUAUCAUUCAUCGAGACGUUAAAUCGGAUAAUGUACUAGUUGGUUUUGAUGGUUCAGUAAAAUUAACCGAUUUUGGAUUUUGUGCACAAUUGGCUAAUACUGAAUCGCUAAGACAAACAAUGGUCGGAACACCAUACUGGAUGGCACCAGAAGUUAUUAAAAAAUUAAAAUAUGAUCGCAAAGUGGAUAUCUGGUCGUUAGGAAUAAUGAUGAUUGAAAUGAUUGAUGGUUCUCCUCCAUAUAUCAAUGAGCAACCAUUUCGUGCCAUGUGUAAAAUAGCAUUACAAGAAGAACCACCAAAACUUACAGAAGAUGGACAAAAACGUAUCUCUUCUGAAUUGAGUAAUUUUUUGAAACGUUGUUUAACUGUUGAUCCACAAAAACGUUCUGAUACAGAUGAACUAUUGCAUCAUGUAUGGAUAAGCAAAGCAAAACCAUUAAAAUCAUUAGUAUCAAAUAUAAAAGCUGUUUGUAAAGAUUCAACUGAUUAA